AUGCUCAAAGAGAUGUUAUUCAUCGUUAUCAGCAUCUUCUUGGGUGAAUCCAUCAACGCAGCAACUUCAAAUUCCAAUGAUUUCGAUAGGGAACAACUGAAUUUCAUCAACGCUCUAAACACUCAACGACAGGAAAUUGCCACCAGUUAUUACACAGUCAAUAUGCAAAAAUUAGUAUGGAACAAAGAGCUACAAAGCAUUGCUGAACAGUAUAACCCACCUUUUCAAAAUCAAAAUUUCCGUAUCGUGCUGGCUCUUGAUUAUACAAAUGGGGCUCAACACCUAAAUACAGCAUUUUACAUUAAAUAUUGUGGAAGGAAACCGGAGGAUCAACAUCUGGCAUCAAACGUUUAUCAUAAUAGACUGGAGCACCUGAACCCAUUGCAAACUAUAAUUGGAUGCGCCAAAAGAACAGAGACGUGGCUGGGAGCUGGUUACACGGUGAUGUGUUUGGUUGGUCCAAGUCCGGUACUGCAAAUUCCAAGCUGUACUAAAUCCCCAUCUAUCUGUACAUCUGGCUUCAAACAUGAAAACGGAUUUUGCUCGAAUUCUGAUCUACCAGAUUCCGAUCAAGUGAUGUAUAUCAGUGCGUUGAAUGAAAAGAGACGACAAAUUGCAACUGAACAGCAUAUCGCGAACAUGUAUGAGUUGGUUUGGAAUAAAACUUUGCAUGAUAUCGCAUAG